UAAAACCAUCCACCCAGCCAUCAAUUUAUCGUCACCAAAAUACUCCUCCUCCUCCUCCCUGUUGUUGUUGAAUAAUGUCAUUUCAUCAUCAUCGUCAUCAUCAACCAGACUCACACACCAUAAUCGACUUCAGUCGAAUCAAACGAAAGCUCGACGAUUACGAACAAGCCAGCGAUUAUUAUGAUCCUCAUCACCCAGCCAAGAUGCAUAAAGACACUUAUAACCCUAAUUCCCCACCACCAUCCUCCUCAGCCCACCCUUUUCACCAUCCUUACUUGCCACAACCCACUAACCUCUCAGAAUCCACUUCACAGAAUCAAACGCCGUCGUUUUGGUACCCUAACCGUAUCCAAUUCUUCGUCCGGAUGAUCUCUUCGGCCAAAACUCUAGUACUUUACGGACACCCGGAUGAUAAGUUGAAGUUAAUCCAUGAGAAACUACAGUCGGUCACCGGAAUCCCGAUGAUGGAGCAGCGAUUGAUCUACUGCGGCCGCCAGCUUCAGUGGGAGCAAAGCUUGGCUGAGUGUAUGAUAAAAAAUGAUUCCAAUUUGCAUUUGGUGGGACGGAUGCGAAGCACCGAGCAUCCCCAAGUCUGGCAGGUGAUCGAUGAGCUUAUUUGCAAGAUUUAUAGGUUAUGUAAAGGUGAAAAGAAUGUUUGUUUGAAAUCCGUUAAUUCGAAGCUCAUUGAGUUUCUAGAAAUGACUGCUAAAGAGGAUAUUAGGGAAGACCAUUUGGUAGCUCAUUUGAAUAUAUUUCAGUCCUUGUGCGCCCCCAAAGCGUUGGUUAUGCUUUAUAUUUCCCCGCAUUUAGGUAAUAAGGAAUGUGCCGAUGAAUGUAUUCGUAAUUUUAUUAAUUAUAACAGGACUAUGUUGGCUAAGCCUUUGUAUACGUUGUGUGCGCCUGUCGUCUUGGAAUUUUGUAAGUUGCUUGGUAGAGGUGUUUCCAGAGAUGAUGACUUGUAUAAUUUAUGUAGGAAUCGCUUAGGGUCAAUAGUGGAGGAUCUUAGUCUUGGGAGGAGUUUAACGUCUUACGAGGAUUUUGGUGGCACUAGUAGUAAGACUUGUGUCGUUGCCGUUGAGGAUGUGUUCCCGUUUGUUACUGAGAUUGCCAGUAAGUUGAAUGAUGAUUUCAGUUUGGUGAAUUGCACUCCUUCGUCGAGUGAUGUUCGUGAUUUUGGCAAGUUCUUGCAGCCGGUGAAGGCUGCGAUAAAAGAAGUUCCGGAUUUUGGUGAGGUUAUACCUGUUCCGAUUAUGUAUACCCUUCCUUGUUUUGACGACGAGAUAAAAAUGUUAUUCAUGAUUUUGUUCGAGAUGUUGGAGAAAGUGAGAUUAUGUCUUGAGAAGAUGGAGGGUCAUUUGGCAACGGAACAGAAUAAAGAUCUUGGAUAUGAUCAGUACCUUGUUAUAUUGAAGGAGUUGUUUGGUAUUGCUAAACUUUAUCAGGGUGCUGAAGGACUCUUUUGGUCAAACCUGAAGUCGGUUAAGGUCUCCUUUUGCCAUCUUAUUGUUAAGUAUGCUAAAAGAGGUGAGGACUAUAAGUGGAUUCGUGGGCAUAAGGAUCUUUUGGACUUUGAAGCAAGGAGGCAUUUGGCAAUGAUGUUGCUUCCAGAGAUGGAUGAGGAUUACGAUGACCUUCAUGAGAUGCUUAUCGACAGAACUAAUUUAUUGGCUGAAUCUUUUGAGUAUAUAGCAACCGAAGAACCUACUAAGUUGCGUGGAGGAAUAUUUAUGGCGUUCAAAAAUGAGGAAGCUACAGGUCCCGGUGUGUUACGCGAAUGGUUUUUCUUGGUGUGUCAAGAAAUAUUUAAUCCUCAAAAUGCUCUAUUUGUUGCUUGCCCGAAUGAUCGCAGAAGAUUCUUUCCUAACCCAGCAUCUAGGGUGGAUCCCUUGCACCUCCAGUAUUUCAAGUUUGCAGGCAGGGUUUCAGCCCUAGCGUUGGUGCAUAAAAUACAAGUCGGCAUCGUUUUUGAUCGUGCUUUUUUUGUGCAACUGGCUGGAGAUGAUGUCUCUUUGGAAGAUAUCAACGAUGCAGAUCCAUUCAUGUAUAGUAGCUGCAAGCAAAUAUUGGAAAUGGAUCCCCUUAUAGUAGAUCAAGAUGCACUUGGUCUAACAUUUGUACAUGAAGUCGAAGAAUUAGGAUCCAUGAAAGUUGUGGAGCUUUUUCCUAAUGGCAAGAACAUUGUCGUGAAUAGUAGAAAUAGGAAGGAGUAUGUCGAGCUUCUUAUUAAGCAUCGGUUCGUGACGUCUGUCAGUGAGCAGGUGAACAAGUUUGCUGAAGGGUUUACAGAUAUUAUUGGGAAGGAAAAGACUCGCAAGCUCUUUUUCAAAAGCUUAGAGCUUGAUGAUCUGGAUGGCAUGCUUCAUGGAAGUGAAAGUGCUAUUUCUGUGGAUGAUUGGCAGGCACAUACUGAAUAUAGUGGGUAUAAGGAAACCGAUCCCCAGAUAUACUGGUUAUGGCAGAUUAUUGGGGAAAUGACAGCCAAGCAGCGAAUGGUUCUUCUUUUCUUCUGGACCUCCCUGAAGCAUCUACCUGUUGAGGGUUUUAGGGGCUUAGCUUCAAAGCUUUACGUUUACAAAUCCAAUGACUCAAUAGACCUUCUACCUUCUUCUCACACAUGUUUCUACAGAAUAUGUUUUCCCGCAUACCCAUCAAUUGAUGUCAUGCGAGAACGCCUAAACAUCAUAACACAAGAUCAUGUUGGCUGCAGCUUUGGAACAUGGUAAAAGACAAAUUUUUUGGAACAAGGAGACAUCCAUUGCACAUACCAAAAGUAGUUUCCUUACAGCUUGUGCAGGUAAUAGGGCAAGUUUAUGUUGAACCUUUCUGUUCGGAUCAACUAAGAAUGUGAAGAUACAUCUGCUGUGCUCUUUAGUUGAGUAUUUAGAUCUCAAUCUAUGUCAUGUUUAUAACUAGGUAUAUAUAUGUUAUGAAUAAAGAUGGAAAUUUCAUCUUUGGUUA